AUGGGUGCAUGCAAUGGCCAACCUAAGAGAGUAAUCACUUCUAAAAGAGAGAGUCUGACUACUUUUCAUAAGACUUAAGAAGUUUCUACAAUAAAGUCGAACAAAAGUCUUGUGAAAUAGAGAACAGAUUUUAGGGUUGCUCCCUGCAUAUUCGUGUCCUUGAAGAGCGGAGAUAUAUCUCAAUACUACGAAAUAGAAUCUACUUUAGGUGAAGGAACCUUUGGAAGAGUUAGUUUGGUUAAGUAAAAGUCGACCAACAUUUUUCGCGCAAUGAAACAAUUAGCCAAAGACAAAAUCUUGGCCAGUCAAAGAGAAAGGAUGAUUCAGGAGGUCAACAUUCUUAAAGAUCUCGAUCAUCCAAAUAUUGUGAAUAUUUUUGAGCUUUACUAAGAUGAACGCUACUAUUACUUGAUAACUGAAUAUUUAAGCGGAGGGGAGUUGUUUGAUAGAAUUUAAUAAAGGAAUAAUCUAAAUGAGAGUAUGGCUGCUAAUUAUAUGAAAUAAAUAUUAAAUGCUGUGAAUUACUGUCAUCACAGAAACAUUGUUCAUAGGGAUUUGAAACCAGAAAACAUUCUAUUCGAUUAAAGAGGAUCUGAUUAGAUACUCAAAAUCAUCGAUUUUGGAACAGCCAAGUAGAUUUUGUCAAACACGUAAUUGAAAUAAAAAACUGGAACACCUUAUUUCAUAGCUCCUGAAGUUAUUGAUUAAAACUAUAACAGCAAAUGCGAUGUUUGGUCGUGUGGAGUAAUACUGUACAUCAUGAUGUGUGGUAAACCCCCAUUUAAAGGAAAUAAUUUGGAGGAACUAUAUCGAAAUAUCAAAAAUGGGUAUGUAGAUUUUACCGGUUCUGAAUGGUAUGAUGUUUCAUAAGAUGCUAAGUCUUUUAUCUCAAAGCUCUUAGUUGUAGAUCCUGCCAAGAGAAUGUCAGCUGAAUAGGCUUUAAAGGAUACUUGGAUUGUGAGCAAUAAAAAAGUAGAAAAAAUCAAUGCUUAAAAUCUUGAAAAUCUUUCUUAAUUUCAUAAUAAUAGCAAAUUGAGUUCUGCUAUUUUGCAACUGAUAUCAACCCAGAUAAUGACUUAGAAGGAGAAGAAGGAAUUAAUCAAAGGAUUUAAUGCUAUAGACAAAAAUGGUGAUGGUAAAUUAAGUAAGGAUGAAUUAAUUUAAUGUUACAUGGACUUGUACCAAGACGAAGUCAAGUGUCAUCAGAUAGUUAAUUAGAUCUUUUAAUACUCUGAUGUCGACUGUUCAGGAACAAUAGAAUACACAGAGUUCAUCGUUGCCUUUUCCGAAGUGCAGAAUUUGAUGGCUUAAGAGAAACUUUAACAAGCAUUUAAGCUAUUUGACAAGGACGGGAAUGGGACUAUAAGCAAAGGAGAACUUCAAGAGGUAUUUGGAGGACUGGCUUUGAAUGACAAUUAGUUGGACUGCGUAUUUUCUGAAUUGGACACUAAUGGAGAUGGAGUAGUGACUUUCUAAGAAUUCACUUAGUUAUUGAUGAAAGAUAGCAAUAAAUGA